GUUUGCUUUUCAUUCCCUCCCACCCAGACAGCCUGUUUCGCGCCACAGACACCGCCUCCUUCCCCAGUCUCGCCGUCGCCGUCGCCGUCGCCUCGCCUUCACCCGCUCCCUCCCAAAAUUCCCGAAACCCUACGUCCUUGGCGCCGCCUAGCUUCCGUUAGAACCUUCGCCGCCGCCGCCGGCAUGGCCUCCUCCCCCUCCAGCAUCGACGCUGCCCUCAAGAAACCAGCAAAGAAGGUGGGCCUGCGGCGAGCCAAGGCCGCGGAUGUGGAAACCAUGCUUCAUUUCGCUUCGAGGCAGUGCUGCCUGGUGAGCUGCCGGUUCCUGGUGGAAGGAGCGGGGCUUGAUGUCAACUCGGAGUCAAAGACAGGUGUGACACCCAUAUUCCUCGCCGCACUCCAGGGGAAUGUCCAGAUUACGAGGGAUCAUGUCGGUGACCCUGCGAUGCCCGACGAGAAGGUCUCCAUGCCGCUGUACAAUGCAGCAGUGGCAGGGCACUGUGAGUCUGUAAGGCUAUUGCUGUCCAAAGGACGACAUGUGGAUCCUAUCUGUUACCGAGGGACGCUAUUACACUUGGCUGCUGUGAAGGACCACGAUCAGGUUGUAAUGGUUCUACUGGAGCAUGGGGCUGAUCCCAAUAAAGCUGCCCAUCAUGUAUUUUCACGACUCGUGAUGACUUACUGUGGGAAGUCCUUGAAAUGCAUGAGGCUACUUAUUGAGGCUGGUGCUGAUGUGAGCGCUCGUAAAUGCUCUGGACCAAUCCCUUUAAUGGAGGCUGUUGAUGAUGGCUUAACCGACUUUGCCAAGGUCUUACCAGAUGGUGGAGCCAAUCUUAACAUCUCUAACCAGAUUGGCAAUGCAGGAUUAGAUGUUCCACGAGCUGCAGGCCAAACCAUGAAAGCAAUUGUGGAACUACUGAGAGUUUUUACUAUGUACCUGUUGCUUGUCUUUUUGCUUGCCAUCCUUCUAUUAUCUACUGGGGUGCAUUCCAUCACACAUGAUACAAGUUUCAGUGAGGGCACUUGUCGAUAUGACAUGAUCAGUGUUGCAGUCCUCUCAUGCAUGCAACCGGACAAGUCAUGGAAGUCACCCUCAGUCUCAUGCUGCAAAGCACUGAUAUAUGCAAUUGAUGAGUUGCCGGCUAGUGGUGAAAAUGGGAAGUGUUGUUUAUGCCGUUUCAUGAGGGCAAAGCUUCAUUAUCCUGAAUUGGCAGCAACAUAUAUCUCUUGUCAGGGAAAGGACAGAGCUAUUGUUGCAAAAUGGUCGUUUCCUGUCGUAGUAUGUGGCAAAGCUUGUUCACGAAAAGAGAUUGCCCCUCCUCGUAAGGAGACUGUCAUGGAGAGGCCUCCGUCAAAUUCACAUGGCAGCAAGAUCCUUUUUAUCUUGUUUGCAGCUGUCUUCGUCAUCCUGCUGAUCUUCAUCUUGUACCUCUGGUGGGUCAGGCAGGCUGCCCAAGGACGACGAGAAUCUCUACCGUUAAUGCAAAUUCAAAAGCAGGCCAGAUCAUCUCCCGGGAGUGGCGGCCGCCGACAAUCCUCUGGGCGGUUGAAGGAGCGUCGGCCAUCUGGACAGUGAAGCAUUUAUCCUUGAAAGAAACCUUAACCAUCAACUGAUUCAGACUUGCUGUUGCCUUCCUGUUAAUGCAGCACAUAACUGUUUUCUCUCUAAGGCUUGUUUAGGGAUCAUACUGGUACUCUUUAACGUGCUUUAAGUGACUGGUUGCAUCAUUGCAUACAGUGCCAAAAUGUUUUCUUGGAAAAUUUUCCUCCUGUUAGGUCCAUUGUAUUGGAUUGUUGUUGGCAUUAAGUUUAGUUAAAACUUCUAAGCAUCAAAUGUAGUGUAGUUUGGAAA